CUGGAGUUAGCUGUUGUUAUGAUGUUUCAUUUUGAUUUCGUGGAAAGCAAAGGCCCCCGACGGAGGUUUUUCAUGGAAUCUGGCAAUUUGCCGCCAUUGGUAAUUUUUUACUAGGCAGCUGUCAAAGGCCGCUAGAUUGAGAGGAAUCAACAAAGAGAAAAUACGACCAAGAUGCGUAUUGCCUUGGAUGCAGUGCUUGGUAUCGAAAAUGAGACAUCGGAAGGAAAAAUUAUCAAAUUUCCCUUUUUGAAUGAUGACUGGAGGGCCUUGAAUGAGCAGGAAAAUAGUGACAUGAAUAAUGACACGAUGGUCUUGACUGAUCAGGAAGAUUGUGAAAUGAAUUCUGUAGAUGAUUUUAGUGAAAGUACCGGAUUAAACUUUAAGCCUCCUGCUUCAUAUGAUCAGUGGAUGUCCAUGGAAAGUUUUGAGAAUGGUUUACAGAUUAUUUUGAAAGAUGAUCAAAAUGCUGUUAAAGAUAAUGCUUUAGAUUGUUUUGAGAGUGAUUGGCGAGCUGUUCUAGAAAGAUAUUUAUUUGCUUCAGAAAAUUCCUUCUUACCAGACGUCACUCUAGAAUUGGGACAUGAAAAAACUCUAUUUCACGUUCACAAGUUCAUUCUUGCCUUAGGCUGUGAUGUCUUUAAAGCUAUGUUUUAUGGACCUCUUGCAGAAAAAGGAGAACAAAUUGGCAUUCCAGAUGUCUCGCCUAAAGGUUUUAAAGUUCUUUUAAGGUAUUUCUAUGGAGCUCUUAUUGUUUUGACAAAUGUAGAUGAAGCUAAGAAUACUUGGAUUGUUGCUGAUAAAUAUUGUGUUGAAGAAUUAAAAGAGGAAUGUGAGAACUUUUUCCGCUGUUGCCCUAUAUCCUCAAAAAAUGUUUGGAAACUCUAUGACACUGCUCUUUUUAUAAAAUUUGCACCAUUAAUUUGCAGAUGUAAGAGAUUUAUACACAAGCACACUGAAGCAUCACUUUCUGAUGAAAGUUUUCUUGAGGCAAAACUUCAGACUCUUCAAGAGCUCUUCAAUUUGCCAAUUUUACGUGUUAAUGAAUUGCUUCUGAUGAAAAGUUUGGUACAUUGGGGCAGGAACCAAGUUCAAAUUGGAUAUGCCUAUUCACUUAGAGCUGCUUUAAGACAUCUCUUACCAAAUUUUCAUUUUUGUGCCUUGACACCAGUAGAGUUUUGUAAAUUCUUGGAUUAUAAAUAUGAUGUGCUGGAUGAAUUAGAUGCUUUGGCUAUCUUGAAGCAUUUAACAAAGCCCCUCGUAUAUCCUCUUCCUGAAUGGUGUGCCGGGAUAGAAUGUUCUAAAGCUCAUGAAUCAAAUAAGCACUUAUAUUCACACAGAUAUUUACAAAAAACAAAUAGAGCUUCAAAAAAACUUAAAAGGCAACAUAGUUCAUCACUCAAUCAUUAUUAUGACUGUUUGUAAUAACUAUCUCUUUUUGAUUGUGAUUUUUACUAUCAUUGAAUUUGUAAAAGUUUAUGGAAGUCUUAAAUGAAAUUUUGCUAAGAAGAACAUUUUUUUAUUAUUAUUAUAAUUCUUUAGAAAUGCAAUUAAAUUUUAUUUUGCAUAGGCUCUAAGAUGUUUUUAAAUUUCAACCAAACUUCUAGUUUAAUUUGGCUAUUUCUUUUAUUCUUGAAGAGUUUAAAAAUUUCUUUCUUCUUUGCAUAUAUUUUGUAAAUUGCGAUAAAUGUUUGUUCCUUUUUGAAAUGUUGAUACAUUAUAAGAAAAAAUUUGAAAAGUAAAAUACAGAUUUUCAGAAAAAAAAAAUUUUAACUGUAAAAAGAAAUGGAAUUUUGAUCAAAAUAAAGCUUAUUGUGUUUAUUGAAGUUGCACUAUUAAAUAUCUAAAGUAAAUCAGAUUUCUUAAAUACAUCUUGGAAAAUUCUGUAAGAUCUGUUUAUUUUAACUGAUGAGAGGAAUCAGCAUAUUUUAUUUCUGGAUUAUAUAAAUUAACUUGAAAUGUAAGUUUUCUUUCUUUUUUUAUUUUGUAUUACUGUUUUGAAAUGAUGACAUUAAAAUUACAUAAAUAAUCUUUUAAGAGCCUUCAGAUAUGCAAUAUAAUUUCAGAAAUAUUUGGAUAUACCACAUGUAUUCAAGAAAUGUCUCAGUUAAUUAUGUAUUUAUUAUUUUAUUAAUAAUUGAAAAUACAUUUAAAGGUCUUUCUAAUUUUUAUAUAGCUCAUAUUUUAAUCAAAGUGGCUGAGUCUCUAAAAUAUUAUAAUUUUUCUAAAAUGUUUAAAAUAAAAUGGCUGUAUAUAAAUAUAUGAAACUGUUUAUGAUCUUUGUAUAAAAUGUGCAAUUUUGAAUGCUGUUAUAUUUUAUGUUGUCUCUUUUUUUCAUUUAAGUUGGUUAAUUUUUUUUAGCAAAUUUGAAAGAUUUUAAAAGCAUAUAUUGUUGUUACUGAAACUUUAUUGCUGAAAUUUAAAAAUGAUACAAUUAUAUUUAAGAUGUUUGUGUAAUUUAUAGAAUUUUAUCUAAGCAAGUUUAAAGAUGUUUAUGAUUAGAUUGUUUUAAAGAUGUCUUUAAUUGUCUUAAAGAAGUUUAUUAGAGAUUUUUUUCUUGUGAUUUUAUUCUGUAUUUGAACACUGAAUAUUUCGAAAAUGGUUUCAAAAUGUAUUGAUUUCUUUUUGCAUGUGAUUGUUUUAGUUUUGCAUGAGCAUAUAUUAAGAAUUUCAAACUAAAAAUCCAUUGAAAUUUUGUUCAUUAAUUAUUAGUGAUAAUUCAUUUUUCUGUUAUUUUAUUGGUAUCCAGAAAUUUAAAGUGAUAUAGUGUCCUGUAAAUAUUUUUAUGUGUAGAAUUAGAAUAAUCUUUUUUUAUUGUUUAGAAUUGUAUAUAUAUUAAAAAGAUUGCAUUUUUAAAAGCAUUUAGUAAUUGUAAUGCUAUUGUGUCAUAAAUUGGAACUGCAUUUUUGUAAUGGUCGAAUUCUUAUUUUUCAUUUGAUUAAUUGAUGAUUUUCAGUGUUUGUUUCUCUAAUUUGUAUAAA